AUUUAUGGUACUACUGAUCCCUGGCCUGUAAAACAUGCUGAUUGUCCGCUUGUCUCUGCCUUUGUUCCUGUUCUUUCUGAUCACUGAUCUUCAAGCUGACGUAGGAGAUGACGUCAAAGAGGCAUCAGAUGCUGUAAAAACAGGAAUCGAAGCUACCAAUGCCAUUACAGAAAUUGUAACUGGCCUGAAGGUGCUUGCUAAAUUCACUACAAUAAUGGGUAAGGUCGCUCCUUUUCUGGCAGCCAUUGGACCACUCAUGGACAUAAUAACCUUGUUCCUUCCAAAACAAGAGGAUCCAACCCUUAAAUUCCUGAAAGAGCAAUUUUCGAGGGUGGAUUCUAAUUUCAGAAAUGUGGAACGACUGUUUGGAGAAGUUACAAAUCUAAUCAAAUCAAAAGCUCUCAAGGCACAGUUUUCAGAAAUUGAACAAAAUGUCAACGCUUUGUCGUAUCGGCUUCACAUGGUAAUGAAAGCCCCGAAAGAUGCUGUAGAAGGCCAGAAAGCUCGAUUCAUCAAUUCCUUCAAAACCAGUUAUCUUAGCGCAGCUAAAAAGAUAUAUAAUGGCAUCAUGACCAAACAAUCGUUUACAGACAAUAUUCCAAUGGCAGCGAUGGAAUACACAAAUAAUGAUCGCAAGAAGAUGCAGAAGGUCAUGGCUGGAUGCGUCGGGCUUCUCAUGACAGCUGUGAAGGUCAACUUAGCUUACCUGAAGCUGACGAAUAGAACAGCAAGCUAUAAAAUGGAGCAAAAGGAAUGGGAGACCAACAUCAAGAAGGUUCUACAGAAAGUAAAAGAAGUGGAUAAACAAGUCACUAGUAAAUGGGAAGAUCAGAAAUUCCAAGAUAUGAAAGACCUUUCUGCACAGUACAAAGAAGAUAAUCACGAGCAAUUUGCGAAACGGUUGUACAAGUUUUACUCUGAGAAAUAUUACUGGAGAGAUUGGGUUGUCAUCGUCUACAACAAAAUGGCCGAGUCAUGGACUGGGAAAAAUGGACAUACUUUUAAACUUUGCGGAGGGGACAAAUACUUGGAGAAAGACAACAGAAAUAUUUUAACAUCAAGUGUACCGAAGGAAAAAAACAAAAUUGACAAAAGCUUUUAUCAGGGGAAAUUAGGUUCAGUUACAACGGAGACAGUAGUUUUAAUUCACUACGCCUGGUCAGCGAGCUCUGUUUUGGAUCAGAUAAAGAAGUUUAGUCGCGCUGAUGUUUGCAUGCAAGCCGUUAUAUCUGAUCGAGAGAGUGCGCGUGUUGCAUCCGCCUCUGGUCGUUUAGCCUCCAAAUGGAAGUACUUUUAUAACAUGUACAUCUUCGGAUAAGAAGUUGCAUUUUGAUAUUAUUUAAAUAAAGCAUAGCAUGAUUAAAAAA